UAUUUAUAAAUAGAAUUAUUGAUGCUCAUUUCAGAACAGCAAGUUGAUGUUAUAAAAUUACUAUGUGUUUCGGGGGCAGGCAGAUUUUCUUGUUCUGGAAAUUUGGGCAGGCCUUGUGUGUGCCUUUGGGUCUGUUUUCUUAGCUAUAAAAUAGGGAUGUCAUCCCUGCCUCUCGGGGCAGGAGUGGUGCAUGAAAUAACCAAGCAUCACCCACGGGAGAUACACAACAGUUUCUUCUCCCACCAUGGAGCUAAUUCAUGUCAGCUACUCUGGGGAGAAUUUGGGGCUGACCUCAGUUUCCUAUACUUUCAGAAGUCAGGUUUCUAGCCCUUCUAUCGCCACCUCCAAUGCCAAUCGCCAGCUGAUGAUGCUGGAAGGGAAGUCGGGACCCUACUUUUCAUCUCUGGACUCUAGCAUUGAGAUCCUGAGGAAGAGGGCCCAGGAGAUGAUCGAAAACAUCAAUGAGAGCAGGCAGAAGGACCAUGCACUCAUGACCAACUUCAGGGACAGCCUCAAGAUCAAGGUUUCAGAUCUGACAGAGAAGCUAGAGGAGAGGAUGUAUCAACUUUAUAAUCACCACAACAAGAUCAUUCAGGAAAAGCUUGAAGAGUUCACCCAGAAAAUGACAAAGAUCGGCCAUCUGGAAACAGAGCUCAAACAAGUGUGCCACACUGUGGAGACCGUGUACAAAGACUUCCAAGACCUAUGUGGCCAGCCAGAGGUAUGACUACACCCAUACAGGAGGCUCUGCCUGAGGGGAGUUGUAGGGGCUG